UGAAUCUUCAUCUCCUUCUGAUUUGUCAACUAACUUCACCCUGACCAAUACUACCCAGACCUCUCCACCCAGUUCUUCUCCCAUAAUUUCUACUUUUCCACAUCGAACUUUAAUUCCUUCAGCACCUACUCGGCCUACUCAGCUUUUCCCACAAUCCACCAGUUCAAAUGAGCCUGUCAACAACCCACCAGUGCUACUCAAUGACCACGACCCCUACAACGAACAACUGCAGAAUCCGUCCCCUGUUCCACCGAGUUCUUCUCCAGCCGUGCCUGAAGUGUCUGCCACCCCACCCGUCUCUGUCCUGGAAUUGCAGCAGUCCACAACUGAAGCAUCUGCUUGUUGCUCAGCAUUUUGCUAUGAAAGAUCUUGGAGAUCUUCAUUAUUUUUUGGGAGUCCAGGCUGUCCGAUCCAGUAAAGGUUUGUUUCUAUCUCAGCAUAAAUAUAUGUCUGGUCUUCUGUCUCGUUUUCACCUUCAUACCCUCAAGUCUGUUCGUACUCCAUUUGCUACACGCACUUCUUUAUCUCUCACUGAUGGUGAACUCCUUGUUGAUGCUACUGAGUAUCGUAGUAUGGUUGGUGUGUUACACUAUUUAACUUUGACACGACCUGAUAUUAUCUAUGUUGUGCAUUUAGUGUCCCAGUUUAUGCAUGCUCCUCGUACUACUCAUCUAUUUGCCGUCAAGAGGAUUUUUAGAUAUUUACAUGGGACCCUUGAUCAUGGACUAUGGCUUCAGCCUACAUCUCAAGCUACUUGUGUUAUUGCUUACUCUGAUGUUGAUUGGGCUGGCUGUCCAGAUACGUCUCGUUCCACAACAGGAUUUGAUGUGUUCUUAGGUUCGAAUCUUGUCUCAUGGAAAUCUAAGAAGCAGCCUACUGUCUCCAAAUCCUCAACGGAAGCUGAAUAUAGGGCUGUUGCUUAUACUGUUCAGGAUACUUUGCAUAUUCGUUCUGUCUUAUUUGAGCUCGGUUUUCCUGUCACUACAUUGGUCCAGCUUUUUUGUGAUAAUAUUUCUGCUUCCUAUUUGACUGCUAAUCCCGUACAGCAUGCUCGUAGUAAGCAUAUUCAGAUAGACUAUCAUUUUGUUUGGGAGCGUGUGGCUCAUGGAGACUUAGUUUUGAAGUACAUUACUACUCAGUUGCAAUUAGCUGACAUUUUUACUAAAAGUCUUUCUAGUCGGCAAUUUCAAUUUUUAAAAGACAACUCGCGCGUUGUAUCUCCCGCACAGUUUGAGGGGGUGUAAUAGAUUAUUAUUAGGCAUAUUUGUUUCCUAAUAUGUAUUAAACUCUUUAAUAUAAAUAGACAUGUAAGGGCUCCUAUUGGAGUACCUCUUUCCCAUUA